ACCGAUAAUCAUAGAAAUUUUGAUUGAACUAAAGCAUGUAAAUUUUAAAAAGCUAGGAGUACCGAGUAUUACAUUACAGCGGCUUGAAAGUUAAAACUUAUAGCUUAUAGCUUAUACGAAAUCAAAAAUCUCGUUAUAAGUUAUUUGGAGAAAUUAAAAAAAAUAUUUAAGCAUUUAAACAGUUGGAAAAUGUGCUCGUUAAAAGAUUUCCCGGAGCUGCAUGAUCAAAGUACAAUUGUGGGUAACAACAUGUCUACUAGUUUUUUGGUGAAAAGAAUAAAACCUCAGGCCAUCAACUAUCCGAAUAUUAUUAUUCAGUUGCAAGUGGAUAGGGCUCCAGAAACUUUAUUUCUACCUAGUACGAGGCCGACUAUGUUUCAAAGCCUAAUAAGCAAAUGUAUGAACGAAGGUUUUUGGGUAGCUUUAGAUGAAGUGGACAAGUAUAUCAAUAGAAAUUCAAAUAAUUUAUCAGCUAUCACUUAUCCAAUUAAAUGUAUCAUAAAAUGUUUAUCACCUAGAACAAAUUUAAAAGGUCCUGAAAGUGUGGUAUUAUCUGAUAUAAGCCGUACAAAAUUAUGGUCAUCAAGUAUGAUCCGCUGUAUGGCAUGGCAUCCUCAAACAAUUAAACUAGCUAUUGCAUCUUCUCAUGACUAUGUUUUUAUUUACAAUAAAAAGGGUGUAGAAGCAAAAAUAAAAAAGAAGUCACAACGAGCUAUUUUGUCUUUAGCUUGGAGACCAUUAAGUACGGGUACUUUAGCAGUAGGAUGUGAAAGAGGAAUUUUCAUUUGGAACAUUGAAUUUAGCUUACUGCACGCAAGGCCUACUAUCAGUAAUGUUUGUGAUUUUGUAAGAGACGAUCAUAGAUAUAUAACAGGUUUAUCAUGGAAUAAAAUGGGUGAUCUUUUAAUAUCGACUGCACUGAAUUCUAAAACUAUGUAUAUUUGGAAUUAUCCAUUAGAAACCUGUGUACCAUUACGUAGAAUUGGUUCAGAUACAUUAAACUUUAUACAAUGGUCACCAGACAAUACUAAAUUAUUCUCUUGUACAUCUAAUGAAUCAUUUAGGAUUUGGACAACAGAUAAAUGGUCGUCAGACAAAUGGUCAGUAAAUAGUAAAUCUAGAGUGCAAUGUGCCUGCUGGUCACCUUGUAGCUCAGUAUUAUUAUUUGCCACUAACUCGUGUGCGACCAUAAAUGCCAUUGAUUUUAGAAAAUCAGAUAUUUUUAAUGAACCAUCAAAUUACAAAAAAGUAGCUUGGCCUGUCAUUGACUUGAAAAACGAACGCAUUAACGAUAAAGACAUUGGUGGUAUACCUUCGGAUAUGUGUUGGGAUCAAAAUGGUAAGCGUUUGGCUGUUACAUUUAAAGAUAGUAGUGCUGUCCUUGUCUUCACGACUAUUAUAAGUGCAUCUGCGGUUGAAUGUACUCCAUUGUGCAUUAUACAAGGGCGUUUGGAUGAAGAACCUUCCGCUAUAGCAUUUCAACCUGUUUAUAAUGAAGGAUCUUUAUUAACAAUAGGUUGGUCAAACGGAAAUAUAGAAUACAUACCUUUUUCAUACAAUACAAAACCAAGAUACGAACCAGAGAUAAAUGAAACAAGUUUAUUUCAGUUGAAGCCACAUAAAAAUGUUUCUGGGAGAGCUAAUAUAACCGCAGCUAGCCCUUCGUUAUAAUGGUUUCAAUGAUGUUAUCAAAACCUAAUAUUGCUAAUUAUACAUUUCAAAUUUUGUGUUUUUAGUAUUAAAUGUCCUAGUUUAAAUUAUGUCACUGACAAUUGAAAACUGCUACCAAAUAAUAAUUUUCUUUGCAAAGUGUGCCUCAAUGUUAUCUUGGAAGAAAAGUUGCACAAGAAAAUUGUAAACAGCGUGGUUUUUAUCAAAAAUUAGCUUUAUGGUAUCAUAAUUGUUUGCCGCCAGGCUUCAUAAUUACACAAAUACAUACA